AUGUCGCUUUUGAAGAGACUUGAAGUCCCCCACGAGGGUGGCACCAUUCCAGAUCCAUGGAUCAAUAACGAUAUUAAGCCUGUCGAGGCAGGGCGACGCAAAUGGGGAUUUUGGACGUUUAAUUACUACUGGGUACUCAUUAACUGCAACAUCUCGACCUAUAUGACUGGUAGCUCGCUGAUUCCAUUGGGCUUAUCAUGGUGGCAAGCCAUUAUUGCCAUUGUCGUGGGAAAUAUUAUCGCCUCUGUUUUUAUUGUUCUGAAUUCGCUUCCGGGAGCAUUCUAUCAUUUGGGAUUCCCAGUAGCAAAUAGAUACGUCUGGGGAAUGUGGGGAUCACAAUGGGUGGUUUGGAAUCGAAUCUUUCUUUCCAUUAAUGGCUUUCAGGCUUGGAUCGGUGGCGAAUGCAUCUAUGUUUGUUUGCAGGCCAUUUGGCCUUCGCUUGAAGACCGGAUUCCCAACCAUAUGCCUGCGUCAACCGGAAUGACCACAGCCGAAUUCGUGGCCUAUAUCAUAUUCAUGAUUAUUUCUCUGCCUUUUGUUUAUGUGCGACCACACAAUCUGCAAAUGCUGUUCUAUAGCUCUGCGGCAGUCGUCCUCGUAUUCGAAGUUGUACUGCUCAUCUGGUCGCUGGCCACAAUGGGCAGCAGCGGAUUUGGAGAUACAAUAUCCUCUAAUACAACCACCUCGGGCUGGAUGAUCGCCUAUGGUAUCAUUAGCACUAUCGGUAGUAUCGCUGCUGGAAUACUGAACCAGACCGACUACGCACGUUUUGCGCGCAGACCUCGAGAUGCUAUUUAUGGACAAAUUAUUAGCUCCGCUUUGUGUGCUAUUUCUUGCAGUGUCAUCGGAAUACUUGUAACUGCGGCCACACAGAACCGCUAUGGCGAAGCAAUGUGGAGUCUUCCAAACCUACUGAGUGCGGUCAUUGAGACUGGCGGCUCUCGCUCACGCGCGGCGGCUUUUUUCGGGGGAGUGGCGCUGGUAGUUUCACAGAUUGGAGUUAAUGUUCCUGGCAAUGCUCUUUCGGGAGGGUUCGAUUUCGCGGCUACUUGGCCUAAAUAUAUCAAUAUCCGACGCGGAGCAUAUUUAACAGUUAUCAUCUCAAUCGCUACCAAUCCGUGGAAGCUAGUGAAUACUGCAACAACAUUUAUAACCGUUUUGAGCAGCUACUCUGUCUUUGUAGGACCUAUGGUUGGACUCAUGAUUUCAUCAUACCUUGUCAUCAAUAAGCGCAAGAUCAAGGUGCCCGACCUGUUUAUUGGAAAUAAAAGCAGCAUUUAUUGGUAUAAUUAUGGUGUUAACUGGAGAGCAGUUGUAGCGUGGAUCAGUGGAGUUGCACCUUCUUUACCCGGCUUCAUUGCGUACGUGACUCCGAGUGUCUCAGUUCCUAUCGGCCUCACACAUCUGUACUAUAUCUGUUUCUUGACCGGUAUGUCUAUCAGUGCUGCUGUAUAUGUGGCUCUUCACUAUGCCUUUCCGGACGAACGAGUCCAGGAUUUCGUCAACACUGCACCCCCCGCGCAACAACUAAUGGCACAAUAUCGGGAGUCGUAUGACGAGCCGGAUGAGGUCUUUCAGGUGGACGUAGCACAGGGAAAAAUGGAUGACUCGGCGUGA